AUGUUAUUCGGCAUUUUUAUUCUUCUAUUAAUAUUUUGUUCGGAAAUAAAAUCACAAGUACAAAAACAUGAUCCAGAUUGUGAUUUAAAUAUUACACAAUUAAUUCAAAGUAAAGGUUACCCAUGUGAAGAACAUAAAAUUCUUACAAAUGAUGGUUACAUUCUUGGUGUAUUUCGUAUUCCAUAUGGUCGAAAUGGUUCAUCAUCAACUAUAGGUCGACCUGUACUUCUUCAACAUGGUCUUCUUGAUUCAGCAACAACAUGGGUAAUGAAUUAUCCCGAUCAAAGUCUUGGUUAUAUACUUGCUGAUGCCGGAUAUGAUGUUUGGCUUGGUAAUGUACGAGGAAAUUAUUAUUCUCGAGCACAUACCAAAUAUGAUCCUAAUCAUGAUGAAGAAUUUUGGGAUUUUAGUUGGGAUGAUAUGGCUAGAGAUGAUCUUCCAUCGAUGAUUUAUUAUAUUUUGAAUAUGACACAACAUGCACAAAUCGGUUAUGUUGGUCAUUCACAAGGAACAAUGAUUGGUUUUGCCGGAUUCGGUCAUCCAGAUAGUGUUUUACAAAAUAGUGUAAGCUUCUACGGUGCUUUAGCUCCUGUUGCUCAUUUAGGACAUAUAAGAUCGCCGAUAAAAUAUUUAUCGUCAACAACGAAAGAAUUAGAACUUUAUUGGCAUUUAUUAUUUGGUCGAAAUGAAUUUCUCCCAUCAAGUUAUAUAAUAAAAUGGCUUGGUAUAUUUGCAUGUGGUGAAAUUAUACUCGAUCACAUACUUUGUCAAAAUAUUUUAUUUAUCUUAUGUGGACCAGAAAAGAAAAAUAUGAAUGAAACACGAAUUCCAGUUUAUAUAGCACAUGAACCUGAUGGAACAUCAGUCAAAAAUAUGAUUCAUUUUGCACAAGGUGUACAGACAAAUCAAUUUCAAGCAUACGAUUAUGGGUCAGCACAAAAAAAUCAAUUACAUUAUAAUCAAACAACACCGCCUGAAUAUGAUCUCCAGAGAUUAAAAAUUCCAACAGCAAUUUUUUAUUCUGGUAAAGAUUGGCUAGCUGAUCCAGUUGAUGUUGCAUAUAUUUUUGAUAAUUUACAAAAUCUUGUUUACGAAAAAUAUAUUCCAGAAUAUAAUCAUUUAGAUUUUGUUUGGGCUUUAUCAGCAAAUAAAAUUAUUUAUUAUGAUCUACUCAAUGUUAUGAAAAAAUAUCAUCCAUAUCUUUCAAAUCUUCUCUUCUUCGUUUUAUUAUUUUAUUCGAUAUCAUCAUUACCACUACGAGAACAUGAUCCAGAUUGUGAUUUAAAUAUUACACAAUUAAUUCAAAGUAAAGGUUACCCAUGUGAAGAACAUAAAAUUCUUACGAAUGAUGGUUAUAUUCUUGGUGUUUUUCGUAUUCCAUAUGGUCGAAAUGGUUCAUCAUCAACUAUAGGUCGACCUGUACUUCUUCAGCAUGGUCUUCUUGAUGCAGCUGUGACAUGGGUAAUGAAUUUUCCUGAUCAAAGUCUUGCUUUUAUGCUUGCAGAUGUUGGUUAUGAUGUUUGGCUUGGUAAUGUACGAGGAAAUUAUUAUUCUCGAGCACAUACAAAAUACGAUCCUGAUCGUGAUAUAGAAUUUUGGGAUUUUAGUUGGGAUGAUAUGGCUAGAGAUGAUCUUCCAUCAAUGAUUUACUAUAUUUUAAAUGUAACAAAAAAUACACAAAUCGGAUAUGUUGGUCAUUCACAAGGAACCAUGAUUGCCUUUGCUGAAUUUGGUCAUCCAAAUAGUGUUUUACAGAAUAAUGUAAGCUUCUAUGGUGCUUUAGCUCCUGUUGUUCAUUUAGGACAUAUCAAAUCGCCGCUAAAAUAUUUAUUUGGUCAUUCAAAAAACCCUGAACAUUUCUGGCAUGUAUUAUUUGGUUAUAAAGAUUUUCUUCCAUCAUCAGAUACUAUUAAAUGGCUUGCAAAACAUGCAUGUGGAAGUGUUAUAUUUGAUCCAUUAAUUUGUGAAAAUAUUCUAUUUGUUAUAUGUGGACCUGAUAAAAAAAAUAUGAAUAAUACACGAAUGGAAGUUUAUAUAUCUCAUGAACCUGAUGGAACAUCAGUAAAAAACAUGAUUCAUUUUGCACAAAUGUAUUUUUCAAAUCAAUUUCAAGCAUAUGAUUAUGGUUCACCGGAGAAGAAUCAACAACAUUACAAUCAAACAACACCACCAAUAUAUUCAAUUCGUCCUAUGAAAAUACCAACAGCUAUAUUUUGGUCACCCGAUGAUUGGCUUGCUGAUGUAGACGAUAUGGCUUUUAUUUUUGAUAAUAUUCAAAAUUUAGUCUAUGAAAAGUAUAUUCCAGGUUAUAAUCAUUUAGAUUUUGUAUGGGCUGUAACAGCAAACAAAAUCAUCUAUGAAGAUUUAAUCAAUCAAAUGCAAAAAUAUCAUCCAUUCAAAUAA